AUUUUAUUACACAAAUAUUAGAGUAAUAUACUUUUAAAAAAACAAAAUGGAUAAGAUAACAGAAAUGGUUAAUGCCAAAGUGUUUGCAGCAAACAAGCAGCAUGAACUCACAGAUAAAUAUAAGAAACUUAAGACUGAUCAAGAACGUGUAAUAUCUACUUUCAAUGUUAUGCUUGAAUAUGAUAUAGUUCUUAAUGCAACUGGUAUGCCAAAAAAUGCCAAAGAAUCCGAGAAAUUGCGGGAGCAAGGCAAUAAGGUUUUUAUCAAAGGAGCCUUGAAUAAUAUGACAUGCAUCGAUGCCCUAAAAUUAUAUACAAAGAGUAUAGCCUUUGCUCCUUAUCCAUCUGAACAACUUGCUCUUGCCUAUGCCAAUCGAUCAGCAGUAUUAUUUCAAUUGGGUUUACAUUCAGAAUGUAUUCAAGAUAUUGAUAGAGCAUUGGCCUUAAAUUAUCCUGAUGAUCUAAGAGCUAAACUUUAUGUGCGUAAAACAGAAUGUUUGAUGAUUUUGGGAAAUUGUUCUGUGGAGGACAUUCUGAAGGAAGCACAGCAUUGGCUAGAUAAAAUGACUUUGAAUCAUGCGAAUCGAGAAAAAUUGCGGUUAAAACUUGAUAGCUUACAUUCUAAGGCUGUACAAACAGAACAAUCUGUUAAAGAUAAUUCACUGUGCACAGAAGUGAAGAAAUUGGGAAGUGAACUUCCUCUUCCCACCAUUGCAUCCUACAAUGAUGAAGUUCCAUGUGCAUCAGAUGCAGUAGCUAUAAAAUACAAUACUCGCUGUGGCAGACAUGUUAUUGCUACUCGUAAUAUUAAUCCUGGCGAAGUGAUUGCUGUGGAGAAGCCUUACGCAUUGUUAUUAGUGCAACAGAACAUGCAGACUCACUGUUCAAAUUGCUUGAAAGUAUGCUGGGCAAAUAUACCUUGCAAUUAUUGCACUUAUGCUAUGUAUUGCUCAGAGGAGUGCAGAUAUGCUGAAUGGAAAAGAUGUCACGAUGUGGAAUGUGCUGUUUUCCCUGCUUUGAUCGAAUAUUCCUGUUAUAAUAUUGAUUUACUUAGCGUGAGGCUUGCUGUGCUUGCUAUGAGGGAAGCUGGUGGUAUAAAAGAAUUAAGAACCAUGCUGAAGAAACUUGAUGAAUGGGAUGAUCCACGGACAAAAGGUUUCUCUGAAGACGGAAAAUUGCAUAGCGAUAAAUAUUUUAGCAUAUGUAGUCUUGUGACGAAUACCGAGAAGAGACCUUUUCCCGAUUUAUUUAGGAGGUCUGUGGAUAGUUGCUUUAUCUUGUAUUUCUUAGCGACACGUACUGCGAUGUUUGGUGCUAAAUUACCCGAAGAUUUAAGCGUUUUGGCGAAAAACGACGACGCUACGUUUUUUGGAGGCCUCAUUUUAAGAUAUCAACAGAUAAUUCCCAGCAAUAUUCACACUUUCAGCGAAGAGCAAGGCUUAGAAUGUGUAGAACGCGGUAUAGCUGCAAUGCCAUUUUAUAGUUUGAUUAAUCACAGCUGUAAUCCAAAUAUAUUCAGACAUUCGAGAUCUAAGCACAUGGUGAUAUAUGCCAUGCUUCCCAUUCGAAAGGGCGAACAGCUCUUUGACAAUUAUGGUCAACAUUAUGCUCUUAUGCCGAAAGCAACGAGACAACAGAAGUUAUUCAAACAGUAUUUUUUCACCUGUGAUUGUAUUGCUUGUCAAGAAAACUGGCCUGUGUAUUUUGAAUUACAGUCAUUUAAGACUUUAGUGAAGAAAGCGGAGGACAAGACUAAGAUAAAAAAAGCAUUGCGCAAAUUUAAUGGAUAUGUUGAUCUAGCAACAGAAGGCAACGUGCAAGAUAAACCUUAUAUUAUCGAAGACUUGUUGAAGAUGAUACAAAUACUACAUAAAUAUGCACCGAUGCCUUGCGAGGAAAUGAGUAAUGUCAUCGAGACAUUAAAACGCAUAUACGAUUUAAAUGGGAAUAGAUUUCAAAUACCAAAAAUAUACACUUAUCAAAAGUGAAUCUUAUUUAUACUUUUUGACUGACAAAACAAUGCUAUUGUUACUGUUUGAUAUAUGAUUAAUGCAUACAGAGGCUUCCUAAAAGAAAAAGAGAGAUUAAUAUUUUUUUAAAUAUAUGACAGAUCUUUUAAGAGGGAGAGAUUAAUACUUUUUUUUGUUUCAUGCAUGAUAGUUUU